AGAGCCCAUACAGCGUCCGUCAUAACCUCGAUGCCGUCGCCUUGUACUGACAGCCGCCUGCAGCCGCCAACCUAAUUCCCUGCAGUUUAGGAAACGGUGUAGCCAGUCGUGGCGCAGUAAUGCUCAUUUCUUGAGCUGCUAGGUCGCUUCCCGAGCUCGCACUUUCGAACAUGCAUGAAUUUUCUUUGCUAUGACUGGCUCUGCGUCGUCGUCGUAUUAAUCCGUCGUAAACCGUAGUGGUUUCGGCUCGCUAUGCUGAAUAUUUUUUAGCGAAGCUUGGGCGUGAAGAAGCACGCAUGUUGUAAAUAUAGAGAGGCUUGUUGUACGCAUAGAGAACCACGCAUACAUGCAUACUCUGUAAGGUUCUAUCACGCCAUCGUAUCUUCGCUGGCGGGAGCAUGACGAUCGGUGUGGUUGCUUAAAGCGGGCUCGAUUGAAGCAUGGCGAUCGGUGUGGGAGGGUUGUGGCAUCCUGGGGAAGUGAGGAGGGAGGAGCUCAAGGCGGGUGAUCACAUAUUUUCAUGGCGGAUUGGCAUGUCGUAUUCUCACCAUGGAGUGUACGUGGGUGCAGACGAGGUGAUCCAUUUCACACGCCAGCAGGCAGACGAAGUAGGCUCCAACGCCCUUAUAGACUAUGCUGCUUCCAUCUCGCCCGCCCUCCAACGAACCAGCACCGCUGCUGCUCCUGGUGUUGCUGCUGCCGGUCCUGGAGGUUCAGGUCCGGCGCCGUGCCGAGCCUGUGGAACGGAGGACAGCAGCCAUGGCGUGAUCUUGUCCUGCCUGCGGUGCUUCAUGCACGGGGGUGGGCUGUACAGAUUUGAUUACGGCGUGUCGGUGGGCGGAUUUUGUCUGCAGAUGCGAGGUGGCACAUGCAGCAUGGCGGUGUCUGAUCCCCCGCAUGCUGUUGUACAGAGAGCACGUCUGCUUUUGAGAGAGGGGUUUGGCCGCUAUCACGUUCUCGACAACAACUGUGAGGACUUUGCUGUGUACUGCAAGACCCGAGCCCUGGUUCUCGACAAGACACGCGUGGGCACCAGUGGCCAGUCCGCUGCUUUCGUUGGGUUCAACUUCGCCUCUGCCACCGCUGCCAUCCCCCUGGUGCUGGCAGGGCUCCUGGCGGCUGCUGCUGUUUUCGCAGGGUCGUACAGCCUCAGUCGAGUGGCUCUGGACGUGGGGGUACGGAGGGAUGUGGUGAAGGUGGAGGGGGAGGAUCUAGUGGCGAGUCUCAAGGGUCAUGGGGGGGAAGUGUGUGGGGAUGGGUUCGGAGGAAGGAUAGGGAAGGAUGGGGCGGAGGCGGUGGUUGCGAGGAUGAGAGGGGAUUCAAAGGUGCGAGAGGAGGUAUACCCCCAGUUGUUGUAGAGCGAUCCUUUCUUGAGUUGUAAUUGCCAUGUAUUCCUCAUAAGCUACUACUUCAAUUGCUCGCUAUUCUUCUAGUCAUUUGAU